AUAUACUUUUGAUAAAGUUUUAAAUAAGGUGAUAUCUAAAUGUACAUCAAUAUAUUUCAGUUUAAUAAUGUUUAUUUAUAUUGUUUAGAUCUUAUAUUACCGUGAUAUCAGUAAAAUCAACUCUUGCGUGACAUUUGAACUUUACACACUCUGAGACAAGGGCAAAAGAAUCAAAUAUCAUCGGAAUUACUUGCAUCGGAUUUAUAGAACUGCCGUUAUGUCUUUUGCACUGCCAUGUGCCAGUCCAUCAAAGGAUUUACCUGGAUCAAAUAGUAUCAGAAUGGCAUUGGAUUUUAGUGAUGAUGGAUUCAUGGAUGACGACUCAGGUAUGCAAUUGUCUUUGACACCAUCACCUGACUCAAUGAAAAAUACGUCGAGAAUCAGUUCACCUUCCCCGGCAAAACGUUCACUUUUCUCUCCUCCUAAAUCUAAAGUUAGUCGUUGUGAAGGAACACCAAUCAGCUCAACAACACAUUCUCGUUUACGAAGAAUGUUACACAAUAAUAAUGAAGAUGAUUUGAGGAAAAUUUGUGCUUUGAAUGCCAUGGAAUCAGCCUCUGAAGAUGAAGAAUUUCAUUCACCAGCUUUGAGAAAGCUUCCAUUUUCAAGUUAUUGCGAUCGUAGAGAUUCUGGAAAUGUUUCAUACGAUGAAAAUACACCAGCGAGUUCAUCCAGCAUUCGCACAUCGAAUGUUCUAGAAUUUAACUCUUGUAGUAGUGGUGAUGAUAACAGUGACAGCAGUUUCUCUUCUCCAACCAGACCCAGCAGCAAGCCGCUAUGUAUUCCAUCUCCAAAACAAUCACCAGCAUCAUCAUCGGGCGUUUCUGGUUGCUCACCAGGUCGGUCACCUCCAGACACUCCACCACACACAAGAAAACUUCGAGAGCUCACACUCUUUGAUUCUCCUUCCACACCAAAAACUCUUUUACGCAAAAUGCGUUCCCGAAAACCAGCUUUACCUAAACCAUUACAAUUUUCUUAUUCUGAAAACUGUCCCACACCAGUUCCACCACCAAGUCCAACCAGUGCUUUCAAGUCGAGAAGUCGUCUUCGUAUGUUGCGAAUGGAUGCCGCACAUUCAACACCUUCAAUGCCAAGAACUUUUAGAAUAAGCGCAGAUGGAACAGACAACACAGAUGAAGAAUGUGAGAUAAUUCGGGGUUCAAAGAGCUUACCCAGGUUUAAUAAGUUCAAAGAACCCACUACUCCAUCUGUAAAUGUAAACCCAUUUACACCCGAUAACAGACCAAAAAAUUCAAAACGUUCAAGAACUGGAAAACAAAGGAAACAUUCUUUUUGUUUGGAUGACAUAGACGAGGAAGAUGAAAUGAGGCCUGCCAAGAGAAUUCAUUUACGUGAAAACAACAUCUCUCGUUACCAACAAGAAUUUCACGAAAUUGGAAAAAUUGGAGAUGGCGAGUUUGGUUCCGUUUUUAAAUGUGUCAAUCGUCUUGAUGGGUGUGUUUACGCAGUAAAAAGAUCAAAGAAACCUCUUGCUGGAUCUGUUGACGAAGCAAAUGCUAUUCGUGAAGUCUGCGCUCAUGCUGUCCUUGGAAAACACAGACACGUUCGUUAUUAUUCAGCUUGGGCAGAAAAUGAUCAUAUGCUCAUUCAAAAUGAAUAUUGUAAUGGCGGAAGCCUGGCUGAAGCAGCAAAGAAUCAACAAGAAGGCGAAAAAUUCUCUGAAGAAGAAGCAAAAAAUCUUUUGCUGCAAGUUUCUAAAGGACUUAAAUAUAUACAUUCACAAAAUUUGGUUCAUAUGGACAUUAAACCAGGAAAUAUCUUCAUUUGUAAUGAAAAGCAGAAUAUUUCACUGGACUCUCAUCAGAGUGAAUUAGAUAGCGAAGACGAAGAAGAAAAGGUGACAACAACAAGGAAUGCUGUUUAUAAAAUCGGAGAUCUUGGUCAUGUUACUUCAAUUGAAGACCCACAAGUUGAAGAAGGCGAUUGUCGUUACCUGGCUAAUGAAGUUCUCCAGGAAGAAUAUUCACAUUUACAGAAAGCUGAUGUCUUUGCACUUGGUGUUGCAGUUCAUGAACUUGCUAGUGGAAGAACGCCUCCCAAAAAUGGCAGUUCAUGGCACAAAAUUCGUAACCAAGGCCUCGAGACACUCACUCACUGCUCAGAUGAGUUCAAUAAACUUUUGCAAAGCAUGGUUCACCCCAUCGUUGCUCAUAGACCAACCGCAGCAAGCCUCACACAACACCCUCUCCUAUGCCCUGGUUCUUCAAAAUCAAAAGACCAAUUGAGAAAAGAGCUUAACCAAGAAAAAUUCAAAAAUGAAAUACUCGCAAGAGAGUUGGAGGAAGCAAGACAAAGUCAGCAAGAAUCACAAUUUAACAAAACAUUUGGAGGCCGAAGGGGAAUGUCAACUGGAUUACGCAAAAAUUUCAGCAGUAUGCGAGGCGGAAAAACUAAUAGACUUUUAGGUAAAAAGACUUGUCGCAGUAUGAGCAUGACUUCAAUUUAUUAAUUUGUUUCCU